UUGAGGAAUUGAUUCUAAAAAUUAUCUUAUAUAUUUCACAGAGCUAAAAUAUGAUGAUCAAACAAUGAAGGAAGGGAGGAAUAUGCAGGUGAUGCAGGUGGAGAAAAUUGUUGAUGUCUUUGAUGCCUUAGGCUUAAACUUACCCGAGCGCACUAAAAAAGAUUCCCACGGUUCUAUUUGGAAAAUGAAAAAACUCUCGAACAUUUUUUCACGACAACGCCAAUCGACAACUUCCGAGCCACGACAACUCCCAAAUUCAUUCAAGGUUAGUAAAUCGAGUUCAUUGGAAAGACACAUGUUAGAUUGAACAUCUGCGACAAGGAAUGGAUUUCUAGAAUUGCAGAUGUUUGUCGGAAUUGAGUGUCUUACGACUUUACCUCACAGCUUCAUCGCAGCUUCAUCGCAGCUUCAACUUGCAGGCUUCCAAAGAACCAAUGCUAACGUGCUCUGCUCCCCAAACAGAUGGGUGCUCUUAAAUAUCUCGAGGAAAUCCAGAAGAAGAAGCAAUCUGAUGUGCUUCGAUUCCUUCUCCGUGUACGAUGCUGGGAGGUAAGAUAAAACUACGACCCCAAGAGACGAUCUCGAUCGACUUCAAUUAUUCGAAGAUUUGGUCGUUUUUGGACAAGCAAAUUGGAAUAUUGUGGACAUCUUUGAUGUCUCUGCUAUACACUCGUUGAACUUAGCUGAGAGUGCAUAAUAUAGCUCCGACAAUUGAACGUCGUCCACCGUGCUUCCCGCCCAUCUCGCCCAGACAAGGCCCGCCGUCUCGGUUACAAGGCCAAGCAAGGAUACGUGAUCUACCGUGUCCGUGUUCGUCGUGGUGGUCGCAAGCGCCCAGUUCCAAAGGGUGCCACCUACGGUAUGUUGAACCCCGUAUUUGUUGGAGGAGAGAUUUAAGGAAAGCGGAUUUACUAACCCCGUUUUCGCGUUGUAGGAAAGCCAACCAACCAGGGUGUCAACCAACUUAAGUACCAAAGAUCCCUCAAGUCCACCGCUGAGGAGCGUGUCGGUCGUCGUUGUGCCAACUUGAGAGUUUUGAACUCCUACUGGAUCAACCAAGACUCCACCUACAAGUACUUCGAGAUCAUCCUCGUUGACCCUCAACACAAGGCCAUCCGCCGCGAUCCCCGUAUCAACUGGAUCGUCAACCCAGUCCACAAGCACAGAGAAUCUCGUGGAUUGACCGCCACUGGAAAGAAGUCCCGUGGUCUCGGAAAGGGUCACGGAUUCAAUAAGACCACUGCUGGCCGCAGAAAGACCUGGAAGAAGCACAACACCCUCAAAUUGCAAAGAUACAGAUAAAUGUAAUCAGGGGUUGGAUGUGUGUUAUUGCUUACUUGAGCAAUGGGUUGAGUGGAUUGUUUUAUGGCCUCGUGGCGCACUGGUAGUUAAUGCAAAAAUGCAUAGCUUUUCCAUCAUACCCAAAACUUUUAUGAAUUU